AUGGAAAAUCUACAUCAGAUUACCAUACCCAACUGGUUACUAAAACCCAUUCCUAUUCUUCCAACAAAAAAACGAGUUCGAAAAGACUAUGCAGUGAAGAAUACAAUCUAUGCUGUAUGUGAGGAGAUUAUUCCGGUGUUUGAAGCAAAAUCUACUUACCUGCCUCUCAUGGGUUCAGAGAAUACUUUCUUGAAUGGAGAGGAUACAGAAUUCUCUAGUACCUCUAACAAUGGCAUAGAUGAUUACCCACCUGGAUUUGAGCCACAACUGACAUCACCUGGCACAUCAUAUGACGCUUGCUCUACUAAUCCAGACUCUGUCAUUGAGUCACAGCCAAUGAUCCCUCUCAAAUUGCGGAAUGAGAUAAAGAGUCUUGGUAUUUCAGUCGAGGUUAUUGCUUCUCCUGCUUCCAGGCCAAGAAGGUCUGUCCAUUCUAAGGCAUGGGAUAUCCAACAAAUAUGUGGUUAUAAGAAUGUGGGAUGGACAAUGCAACAAUCUUUCGGCAGCUCAGGAGGUACUCCUAGCACAGUGCUCUGGUUGAAGUUACAAGCACUUAAAGAAAAGUUGAAGGUAUGGAACAAAGAAGUUUUUGGAUAUACAAAUACUAAACUGAAAUCUAUUCUCUCUGGAAUUCAAACUCUUGAUGACUUGGCUGAAGAUAAUAACUUAAAUGAAGAGGAGCAAAAUUGGUUACAUGAGGGUGAUAGAAACACUUCUUUCUUCAUCAGCAAUGCUUCUGCCAGGCGUAGAUAUAACAGAAUCAGGAAACUCUACAUUGGGGAUGAGUUGGUUUCUGAUAAAACUAGGUUGCAAAAACAUAUAGUAGGUUAUGACAAAACUCUUUUCUCCGAAGAAGAGAUCAUUCGACCUGAUCUGGAAGGGAUUGACUUUGAUUCAAUUACCUCCACCGAAGCUGAUAUCCUAGAAGCUGAUUUUACUGAGGAGGAGGUUUUGCAUGCUAUUAGAGACUUGGGAAAAGACAAAGAACCUGGUCCGGACGGUUUCUCUAUUGUUUUCUUCCAGAAGUGUUGGCACUUUAUCAAAGGUGAUAUCAUGGGUACUGUGAACGAAUUUUGCACUACAGGUACUAUUUACUCUAAACACAACUCUACUUUCAUCACUCUAGUGCCUAAAAAAGAUCAUAUUGAGUCUAUCAAGGACUGCAGACCUAUUUGUCUGCUUACUAGUGUGUAUAAGAUUAUUGCAAAAGUUCUAGCUUCACGGCUGCAGCUUGUUAUGGAUAAGCUGAUCUCUCCGGUGCAAUGUGCUUAUAUUCAUGGCAGACAAAUCAUUGAUGGCACUCUUAUUGCCAAUGAACUGGUAGAAUCUAGACUUCGAUCUGUAAUUCCGGGAAUUAUUUGUAAAAUUGAUCUUGAGAAGGCUUUUGAUAGAAUCAAUUGGAGGUACCUUGAAUUCGUACUUCUGAAAAUGGGGUUCAGUAGGAAGUGGUGUAAUUGGCUGAGGUUUUUUUAUUCAACUUCUUCUUUCUCGGUUAUUAUUAAUGGAUCUUCUUUCGGUUAUUUCACUAGUUCUAGAGGCGUGAGACAAGGCUUUCCAGUUUCUCCUCUUUUAUUCAACAUUGUCAUGGAAGGUUUUUCAAGGUAUAUUGAUAGGGUUGAUAAUCAAGGCCUUAAUAGUGGUUUUUCUGUAGCUCCUACUGGUAUUGUGGUCAAUCACCUUCAUCAUGCAGAUGACACAAUUUUCUUCUUAAAGGAUAACAAGGAAGAACUCCAUAACCUGUUUUCAGCAUUAUAUUGUUUCGAAUAUAUAGCUGGGCUAAAGGUAAAUACCCUGAAAACCAGACUUGUUGCCGUGGGAGUAGUUCCAGACUUAACUCUUUGGGCUGAAGAAUUAGGUUGUUCACUAGACAAUCUACCUUUUAUGUACUUGGGAAUGCCGCUUGGUGCCAAAUAUAACUCCAUCAGAAUUUCGGACCCUAUCAUCGAAAAGUUUGACGCUAGACUUUCAGUUUGGAGGCGUAUUCGAGGGGAGGCCCCAAGCUCUGUCAUCAAGAUUCUUGAAAAGAAGAUGCGUAAUUUUCUUUGGGAAUAUAAAGAUGGGGCAAAAUUAUCACAUUUAGUUAAUUGGGAUAUAGUUCGUGCUAAUAAAAAUAGAGGUGGUCUAGGUGUGUGCAACCUAAAAAUCAUGAAUUUAGCUUUGUUAGCUAAAUGGUGUUGGAGAUUUGGGGUUGAAAAGAGUAAGCUUUGGUAUAGAAUUAUAGAAGAUAAAUAUGGAAAAGAUUUUUCCUUUUGGGUUCCCGGAAAAGUCAGUCAAUCCUAUGGGGUCUCUUGUUGGCGGGCAAUAGUUGAGUCGGGAGGCUUCAUUAGUGAUCAUUCGAAUUUAUUUCUACAUUCUGGAACUGUCAUUACCUUUUGGAAUGACUACUGGUGCGGGCAUCAACCUCUAUCUUCUAUUUGUCCUAAGUUGUUCAAGCUAACCAGAAAUAAAAAUGCUUGUAUUGCUGACAUGAUUUCUAGUGAAGGAAAUUGGCAGUUCGAUUUCAGGCGGGUCCUUUCAUAUGCAGAGGCUCAAGAAUAUGGAAUGCUCAUUGCAACCAUUGGUGAUAUCCCCCCUGUUCGUGACGGUUUAACAGACACAAGGAGGUGGAAACUGCAUCCCUCUGGUGUGUUUACUGUCAAAUCAUUGGACUCUCAAUUAGUGGCAGAAAAUGGCGUGCCUCACUUUCCUACUCAUUUCAUCUGGCAGCAGGCAAUCCCUCCAAAGAUAUGUCUUCUUAUGUGGUGUUUGGUUCACGGCAAGUUGAACACUAUAGAUACGCUACAACGGAAACAUAUGUCUCUUCAUAAUGACUGUGCUUUGUGUGGUGGAGGAGAGGAGUCACAGAAUCAUCUUUUUCUUCACUGUAAGAUUGCAUACAAGAUUUGGUGCAACUUAACACCAACAACAGGUUGGUCUUGGGUUUUGCCGGGAUCAAUGAGAGCCUUGGAAGAUACCUGGAUCACUCAGCACUUCUCUCAAUCAGGAAACUACAUCUGGAAUUUAAUCCCAGCAGCUAUCGUUCACACAAUCUGGAAAGAAAGAAAUUGUAGAAGGUUUGAGCCUACACACCUCUUCAAAACUGAUAAUGAUCUCAUUUUGGAAGUCAAGACUUUAGUUCUAACUUGGGAUGAGGCUGCAGGUUAUAGGGUUCAUCAGAACUGCUCCUAUACGGUUCUGUCUAAUUGGGAGGCAUUAUUUUUGUAA